AUGCAAAUAAAAUUAGAUGAGGAAGCCAUAAAAGCGAUGAAUAUAUUAAAAAAGGAAUUACAAGCACAAGUCGAACUCUUUCAACCCGAUUUCAAUAAACCCUUUGAUUUAACCACGGACGCAAAACAAUUGAUAACAGAAGAAAUUCUAUAUCAAAUAAAAACCACACUAGUACAAACUUUCCCAACAACUAAUUUUGUAAUAGCAAAUGCAUUAGUCAGAGACAUCACUGACGAAAAUGAACAGAAUGAAAUAGUUGAACAAAUACACAGAAGAGCACAUACAAAUUAUAGAAAUAAGAUAAAAGAACUCUCUGAGAGCUAUUACUGGCCUAACAUGCAAGAUAUGGCAAAGAAGGCAGCACAAAUAUGUGAGAUAUGUAAAAAAUGUAAAUACGACAGACGACCGAAUAAAUUACUUUACGGAAAAACACCAAUACCAAAUGAAGUAGGUACACAUUUACACAUGGAUAAAUUUUUUAUGGACAACCAAAUAUAUAUAACUACAGUAGACAGAUACUCAAAAUUCUGCUAUAUAAGAAAAAUACCAGAUAGGAAAAACACAUUUAUAUAUUUGAAUGAAAUACUAUCACAAAUAUUCCCAUACGCAACGAACCUAACAACCGAUAACGACCCGACAUACGUUAAUGUAGUAGCAAAAUCUGUAUACGAUCGACUACAUAUACAGCACACAGCAGUGCCACCACUACAUUCGACAACGAACGGUCAAGUAGAGCGGACGCACAGCACAAUAGUGGAGCUAACUAACUUACUAGUAAAGGAAACCAAAGGCAAACACGAAGAGAGAUCGAUGGUUAAUGCUAAAAGUUUUCACGCUGCUCCAAACGUCAACACAGCUCAAGUUGAAUCAUGCGCUUUAUGUGGUCAAGCACAUAUUAUACGCCGCUGUCCAACCUUUCUCUCAAAAGAUUGCUAUGAGAGGAAGGCAAUCGUUGAUAAGGCAAAGCUGUGUCUCAAUUGCUUAAGUAAGGCUCAUGCACUUUCUAAGUGCACUAGCAUCAAAAAUUGCCUCCAGUGUGGCCAACGUCACCACACUUUACUGCAUUUUCCAUUCGCUACAAAGACUACUCCUGCAAAUAACGCUCUUCCGCCAUCAACUCCACGCGUUUUAUCCAAUUUCAGCAACGUUUCAGCACCUCCACAAGAACAAUCAGUUCCAAUUUCUUCAAACACACCUUCUCUUUCGACAGCAGUUUUAGAGGCAAGGCGCUUCACUCGCGCUCAUUCUACGCUAGCGGCAAAUCCAACACAAUUGGGUGUCGAUAGGAUCCCCGUACAAGGGCCGAGACACAUACUUCUUGCCACGGCGUCAGUAGGGCUGUGCAACGAAAUCACGAAUCGAUCGGCGAUAGUACACGCUUUGAUCGAUCAAGGAUCCGAAGGAACGCUUAUUACAGAAAAUGCUGUUCAGCAAUUAGGCCUGCAGCGUCAUCCCACAGCUGCAGAUAUAUGCGGAGUAGGCCCAAACCUAUUUAGCCAAUCACGAUCAUUGGUUAGCUGCACUCUUCGUUCAUGCUUCGCCGCUCAUAUUGAGUCUGCUUAUGUUCUGAAGCAACUCACAGCACCACUGCCCAGCCAGGAAAUUGUGCCACAAGAUAUGGCACAUCUACGAGGACUCGCUCUCGCCGAUCCCAAAUACUACCAGCCGAAAAGAAUUGACCGCAUUAUCGGCGCAGACAUGAUCGCCCAAAUAUUGGAGCCGGAAACCCGCAUUGGCCAUGUUAACCAACCUAUUGCCCAAAAAACUCAUUUGGGAUGGAUCCUGUCGGGACGAAUAAAUUCUGACACGCCUUCUACUGUCACUAUUCGCUGCCACCACAGCAACCUUGAGCUUGAAGGGCUUGUGCGAAAAUUCUUUGAGAACGAGCAUGUGCCCACUUCUGUACCAAUGUCCGCUCAAGACCAGUGGUGCGAAGAUUUUUCCCAUAGCACUUAUACUCGACAAGCAAAUGGUAAAUAUCUGGUUCGUUUGCCUCUGAAGUCAUUAUAUGAUCCUAACCAAACUAUAGGCAAGUCGAAACAAAUUGCACUGAACAGAUUUCAUGAGCUAGAACGUCGACUCCAGCGUAAUGCCGAUCUCCGUGAGCAAUAUGAGGAUGGAAUUGAGGACUAUUUUCGCCUGAACCAAAUUCGCCCAGCUAUGACAAUGGAGGAACUGCACUGCUCAACUACCAAAUGUAACCAGCUAACCGUAACAUCCUGUGUACUGCCGCAUCACGCUGUGGUGAAAGAAACGAGUGUCACUACCAAACUACGAAUUGUCUACGAUGCGUCCUCGAAAACGUCAAAUGGACGUUCAUUGAAUGAUUUACUAUGCAUUGGCCCACCAUUACAAAACGACCUUUCGGCUGUCAUCCUGAAGUGGCGACUGCAUAGAUACGUCUUCUUGGCCGAUAUACAAAAAAUGUAUCGAUGUAUCGACAUGAACCUAGAGGAUUCAAAUUAUCAACGCAUAUUGUGGCGCAACAAAGAUGGACAUGUUUACGAAUACUGCCUCACGACGGAGACCUUUGGAACAGCGUCCGCGCCGUACACUGCAAUUAGAGUUCUUCAUCAGCUCGCGCACGAUGAAAAACACCGAUUCCCCCUCGCUGAGAAUAUUUUGCUUCACGAGAUGUACGUUGACGAUGUACUAAGCGGAAGUGAUUCAAUUGCUAAUGCAACACUGUUGCGUGAUCAACUGAUAGCGGCGUUAAAGUCAGCUGGCAUGGAACUCAGAAAAUGGUCCAGUAACACUCCUGAGUUUUUGCACCCUAUUCCAUACGAGCAUCAAUCGUAUGAUCCAGCACAACAACUCAACACUAACGAGACGAUCAAAAUGCUUAGCCUGCAUUGGCAGCCGAAUCUCGACUCUUUCACUUUCUCAGUCAAAUUUGCUAUCAACUCCAGCGUAACAAAAUGA